AUGGGGGAAUUGAGCAAUGGUCACACCCCCAAGAAGCCAUGGAUACUCAACGCCUUUUCGAUGAGCACGCCUGGCCAUGUCUCUGCAGGACUCUGGGCUCAUCCUCGGAAUCGUAUCAAAGACAUUACAGACAUCCAGUAUUGGGUCGACCUGGCGAAAAUCCUCGAUGGAAACUUCCACGGCUUGUUUCUGGCUGAUAUGCUCGGCAUUUACGAUGUCUACAAAGGACCUCGAAAUAUCGAUCCCGCCUUGCCUGGUGGUGCACAGUUCCCGCAGACAGAUCCUUUCGUUGCAAUACCGGCAAUGGCAGCCGUGACCAAAAGUCUCUCGUUCGGAGUUACAGCAUCAACGACGUACGAACAUCCGUUUCUGCUCGCUCGUCGAUUCUCAACUCUGGACCAUCUGACCAAUGGUCGAGUUGCAUGGAACAUCGUAACCAGCUUCCUCGACAGUGCCGCCCGAAAUCUUGGACUAGACGCGCAGGUCGCUCAUGGUGAGCGAUACCAGAUCGCCCACGAAUAUGUCGAAGUCAUGUACAAGCUGUUGGAGGGAUCCUGGCGCGAUGAUGCCGUUCAAAAGAACGAUCCACUAAGCAGGCAGUAUGCGGUACCAGGACGAGUAAGACGCAUUGAUCAUGUCGGAAAAUACUUCAAGGUAGCAGGGCCCAACACCGUGGAACCUUCACGGCAGCGGAUGCCAUUUAUUUUUCAGGCUGGCGCCAGCACAGCCGGGAAGCCAUUUGCAGCUUCAACCGCAGAAGCAAUGUUUAUUCCCGGCAUGGAUACUGACACUGUCCGCAAGACUGCAACCGAAAUCCACGAAUUAGGUAGAAGCAUUGGCAGAGACCCGGAUUCAAUCCGGCUGAUUGUAGGCAUGCUCGUCAUCGUAGACGAAACAGAUGAGCUUGCUAGGAAAAAGUACGAGGAGUUGCUUUCCUGGGCCGACUUAGAGGGUUCAUUAGCGCUCUUUGCCGGAUGGACAGGCUACGAUCUUGGACCUUUUGAUGAUGACCACAACCUUGAAUUCGGUGCACCGGGUGGGAUUACUAGUGUCGUGAGUGCUUGGAAGGCAACGAUUCCGGGCUCCGACAACAUCAGAUGGACCAAGAAGCGCGUAGCAGCGGAGCUAGCGUUGGGCGGGCCACACCCUAAAGUCAUCGGCUCUCCAACUACCGUCGUUAAUGAGCUGCAAAGAUGGAUUGAUGAGACGGGAAUCGACGGUUUCAACUUGAGUCAUGCCAUCAGUCCGGGGACGUUCGAAGACUUCAUCAAAUGGGUGAUCCCCGAGCUGAAGAAGCGUGGCGUGUUCUGGGAUCCUGCAGAAGCCGAAGGCAAGACCAUGAGAGAGAACUAUCUUGCAGAUGGCAAAGGUCCCCGGCUGAGACCUGAUCAUCCGGGAUCGAAAUAUAAGUGGUCCUCAGGAGACGCUCCCGAAUCAAGUCGACGUUCCAAUGGAGUCGCAAAAGAGUCACAGUUCCUUAACUACCGCAACCUCAACGACAUUCUUGGUACUCCGGACAGCCUCGCUCGCGCUGCUGAGGCCAUCGAGAAACAGGGUGAGCGGUGA